UUGAUGAAUUUUGAUAUGAUUAGUUGGAGCACAUACUGUACUGCACUCUGCUGCAGGAAAGGUUUGAGAAGUUCAUACUGUGUGUUAUUUCCCAGUGAUAAAUAUCCAUCACAGGUUUUGUGAGCAUUUGAUAAAAGAAGGAAUUCUUGUCAUCAUCAUCAUCAUCAUCAUCACAUUGACAUAAUCCAUUGUUUAAAAAGCAGUUUUUCACCUUAAUCCGUGUCCCCACAUAUUAGCAAAUGUUUACUUCUUUUCUUCUAAACUGUGAAAUUAACAUUUUAAGCAAUCGCUCCCAUUAACUUUGGAUAGUAAUCGAAUAACUACAGAACAAAUUUGUAGUUCCAUGCUCAUGUGUUAUCUGCUUGUUAACCUUUUCUGUCAGAAUUAAAGCAGCCAAACACUGCAUUUAUAUCCACAAAAUAAAACAAAAAGCAGUCAGCCUGUAAUAUUAUAAUUGUCUUAUUUGAAUUUGAUUUUGGCCGAGUAAAUUCACCAACAAGUUUUUAUUUCUGCUUUUCAUACUCAACUCAACUGGGCUACUGUAAUUCUAAAGGUUGCCUACUUCCAUUUUACCGAACUUUAUACUUCCACUCUGCUACAAUUCAGAGGGAAAUAUUGUUUAUUUACUCCACUACAUUUACAGCUAUAGUUAACAGUUACUUUGGAGAUCAAUGUUUUACAUACAAAAUAUAUGCUCUGUUUAUAAUGUAUGAUGCAUUAUAGAUUAAUAGUUUGAGAUGAAACUACCCCACAGGAUAAAAAAGUACCUAAAGUAUGCACAGCUAAAACGUAAAAUGCUGCUUAAACAGUAAUGCAUAUGUUUUUGGCUAAUCCAAUACUACAGCCUAACAUCACACUGAUAGAGGGCAUUCUGCUGCCUCAUACAUGUUGCUGCUUCUAUUCUUCUACUUAAAUAAGCUUUUGCAAGGUUUUUACUUGUAGUGGACCAGUGUAGGCACCAAUAAUCACUAAUCAAAACCAUACAUCGUGCAAUCACAUCCAUAAGGCUAGAGUACUUCAGAUUACACAAAAUAUCCACCUGUUUUGUGUUAAACCACAAUAUCUUUUUGACUCUGUUACUAAGAUAACAACAAAUAAGAACGCUAUUAUCGUAAAAAGCCUAGUCCCAAUUAAACACACAGUCCCUUACAAUUGCCCAGUGUGGCUACACAUUUGUACAAAAAAAAUGCCUGUCUCAAUUAGACGCCUGGUCUGGUUGCCAAGCAGCUCAUUUUUUCUUUACACAAGUUUUUCAGAUGUAUCAAAGCAGGUUGUUGGCUACCUCAAAUUAUGUGUCCAUUCCUUGAUUACCCUGUAAGUUAUUCAUAUUCCCUUAGUCCGUAAGGGUCCUCAGAUCAAAAGAAUCAAAAGGUAUUUUCAUAAAAAUUAAUCCAAGUUGUGAGUAUUGUUUUAACAGGAUAAGUGUAACUCACUCUCUCUCUCUCUGAUGCGCUGUCUGUCAGAGCUAGAUCAAAUUAAUUAUUCAUAAUUAAAACAUUAUCUGGAGUCUAAUUUUUAACAAGUAAUAUUCAUACUGCUUUAAAUGAACAAUUUGAUUGUGUUUCAAAUCUUUGCCAAGCAACAGUUUUGUGUGCAAAGAAUUAGAGGCCUGUCCCAUAUAGACUCCUGUCCCAAAUAUUGCCUGGGCUAUUAAUUUAAGUCUUACUGUAUGACCUCCAAAAAAAAAUAAAAAUAAAAUAAAAAAAAUGGUAAAUUUAUAUCUAAUAAAAACAAAUGAGGUGUGUUAUAUCUAGGUUUUCAUCUCCUUUGUACUGUUUCAUGUAUGUAUUAUUUUUUUUGCCAUAUUCUUUUUUCAUGUCGGAUUUUGCUGUUUGACUUCAUUUAUAUUAACAUUAUUGAUAUAUUUGAAUAAUCCUGCAGUGCAAAGAAAACCAUAAGUACUUUAAACACUGUAAUGUCUCUUUACUGUUUUUACUUAUAAUUUUCUUCUUUCUAAAAAAAAUAAUAAUUAAAAUUUAGUACAAACUACAACUUUGAAGAAGCUAACGUUACUCUUGCUACUUUUAGAAAAUCGUAUCGGACCGACAGGAAGUGUGUCCGUCACUGACAGACUUCCGUCAGUGUGCAGCAGCAAACUUGAUCCGUCCUGUCAACGGCUGGACGUUCACACCACCUCCGGUUCAACAGAAACUGGCUUGAUGGAAACACGAAUCGCUGCUCGGCUGGAUGAACAUCAAAAAUAACGUUUGAAUCCCAGUGACCAUGAGUGGGACCGUGAGAGGGAUUUCAGAGGACAUGGACCGACAAAUCGUACAGGCUGUAUUUGACGAGGACACAAUGUCCUCCACCUCGGUGGGGAUGUCAGAUUUGUCUGAUGAGAUCCUUUUGUGCAUCCUCCGCCAUGUUCCAGUGUGUGACCUGGUGCUGAAUGUGGCAAAUGUCUGCCACAAGUUACACACACUGUGCCACGAUAAGACGCUGCUCACAAACGUCAGCCUGUCUGAGGAGUAUCUGGCUGACGAUAUGUUGGUUCAGCGGUUAUUGAGGCAGCUAGCCAAUUACGUGCAGUCUCUCAGCCUAAACGGCUGCUACUGGCUGUCUGGCUCUACAGUGGAGCUUCUUGCUCGCUGCAGAGGAGUGUUGCACCUUGAUGUCACCGGCUGUCGCCUCACUUCCCUGCGUCUAUCCCGUAUCCUCUCCUCGCUCUCUCUGCUCAGAUCACUUGCUUUUGAUGUGACGCCAGGCUUCAACUCUGCUCAGCUCAGUUCAGAGGCAGUGGAUACGCUGAGCCGCCUGUUAGAGCUCAGACAGACACUGUUGACACCCAGCUAUGGUGUGGUGCCAUGCUGUGCCCAACUCCGCAAGCUGAUGCUGCAAUUUGACAUCUCUGAUGUAACCAGAGAGGGUAUCGGCAUUUGCUGUCAGUUAAUGAUGGGUCAGAGCAGUGUGCCACAUUACCAACAGCUGGAGGAGUUCACUGCCAGGCUGGCUCCAGGAGAGGUAAACCAGACCUUGCUCCUGCUCUACCUGGCAGUGUUCAGCGUUCAUGUUCCAAAGCGUCUCAGAGUUUUCCUCGUGUCAAUUCCUGGGCCAAACCCUGCUCACUGGCCCGCUGCUCCCUCACUGGCCCAGAGCUUAGGUCAACAAGGUGACCUGGAGGCGCUGCAGCUCCCUCGUUCCUGGCUGGAUUCCUUAUCCCUAAAGCGAGCCCUGGAGGGAAACAGUCCCAAGCACCUGAGCUUCAGCCGCUGCCCAACGUUGUGGCCACAGGUGUUCCAGUCAUUACUGGAGGGAGGAGUCAGAGACACUAAGCAACUGACCAGCCUGAACCUCAGCGGGAUCAACAAGGUCCUUUACUCAGAGUGUAGGAGUGUGGAAGAUCAGCUGGUUCCUGCCACAAUGAGCCAGUUGGCAGUCGGCUGCCCCAACAUCAAACAGCUGAACCUGAUGCACACACACUAUCACCAUGAAAACACACCUGUUGUAGGUGGAGAAACACACCUGUGUGCCAGCUUGGCCAAGCUCACACACCUACGCUCUCUCACUCUGCCUGCCUGCACCUUGUCAGAUGGUUUAAACAAACAUCAAAUCUCUACAAACAACACGUCUCCCUCUGCGUCGUUCCUGGGGUUAAAGAAGAUUCCACGGAUGGGGCUUCAGAUUUACAAGCCUGAUUCAGAUUCCUCUGUGUCAGGGGACAGCACCUCAGGGCUCACUCUGCUCCUAGCUGGUUGCCCUUUUUUAGAGACCUUAGAGCUCAUUGGUCCGGGUUUUGUCUCCGUGCUGCCUCGGCUUGAGCCCUGCACUCGUGCCACCGUGGAGCCUCGUGGCAUGUGUGCGUGGGCACAAGGAGUUGGUGAUGCACACUUGGCGGCACUUGAGGCUUUGCCUCGAUUGCGUCGUCUGACUCUAGCUGGGCUUCCUGGGGUCCUUAAGGGGACAGGACUGAUACAGCUGACCAGGCACUGCAAGGACCUACGGGUAUUAUCCCUUGCCAACAUGGGAUCAGUAAAAACCAUGAACUACGCCCCCGCCUUGCUGGAUACACUUAAACAGUGCACACAGCUCCAGGAACUCAGAUUAGAGCAGCCCUACCUGAAUGCCAAUGCGUCAUUCUUUGAGGCUCUGUCCUGCUGCUCUCAUCUGCAGCGUCUCUGCCUUAUCUCACGCAGCGGUACCUUUGACCCACCGUCUGCAGAAACCUUCAUGGAGCGAUGCCACCAUGUCAUCAUGUGCCACAUGUUCAUGGGUUGCACUUUGGUGGCAUGUCGCACACUGCAGAAAGCUCUGCUGGACAGAUUUUCAGUCGAGCGUCCGGCCCUGAGUGUGGUCAUCUAUCCACUACAACACGAAGACCUGCCUGCAGUCAUCAGAGACAUCCCACUGACACUGCUGGAUAGGAUCACUCUGUUCCAGAGCCACGUGGCCCAACCACCACAUUUAUCACCAUUGUGACAUCAGCAGAAAGCUUCAGUGUGACUGAUGCUCAACAGCUGAGGUGCUCAGAUCAUUUUAUUCUGCAGGAAAUAAAAGAGACAAAUUAAAGCACUGACUGUCAUCUGCACAGUGUUUUCUGGUGUUGUGAUUUGUGACAUCAACAUGUGUUUCAGGCUGCUCGACAACAACACAUCAACCAUGAUUGUUUACAUUUACAAGUCAGAGUAAUGAUGGUCUCCAAAGGGUGAUUAGCUGGUGGGGAGUUUUUAGUUUACUGUUCCAGGACAUUUCACAGUUGGGCCUACAUUGUGGUUUCUCAGUCAAAAAUAACGUUUGUUACUUCAUAUAUCACUCUGUACUUUAGAAAAUAAAGUGCCAAAAAUACAAAAGAAGGGAUGUAAUGUUCAGAUAUUUAGUACUGAGAAUCUAAAUAAAAUGAUGUUGUAAUAAACUCCAUAUAAAUUA